UGCCGGUUUGACUGCUCAGUCCGGACUGCCCCCCUCUCUGUCCAUCCCGCAGCAGGUCUCUGUGGCACGACAGGACCAGAUGCACGGACCCCCUCUGGACUGAACCGGACCAGAGUCAGCCGAACCGGUGAGAGGAACCCGAGCCGAGCCGGUCUGAGGUGAGCCGGUCUGAGGUGAGCCGGUCUGAGGUGAGCCUGGACCCAGAGCGAUCAGCGGGGACCCUGCAGCUCUGAGUCCGCCUCCAUGGACGCUCUGGGCGGCUUCAGGUGGAGGAUCUUGUCGCUCCUGGUUCUGCUGGUCUGCCUCGCUCCGGGACGCGCUGAGAGGGGCGAACCUGGUUACCUCGGGUAUGAUGGACUUCCUGGAGUGAUUGGUUACCCUGGAAACGAAGGCCACCAGGGCCCACCUGGAGAAAAGGGCCAGCUUGGACCAGGAGGGAGUACUGGACUGAAAGGAUCUCGGGGUCUUCCAGGAAAACCAGGCUUCCCAGGACCUCCAGGACUACCAGGACUUCCUGGACAUGAAGGCUCCAUCGGCAGAACCGGAGUCCCAGGAUGCAACGGGACAAAGGGCACUGUGGGUUUCCCAGGGUACCCCGGGGAUUCAGGAGCUGUUGGUCUUCAGGGCCGACCUGGACCGCGAGGUGCGAAGGGGGACAUGUACGUCUUUCCCGUAACCCCGGAGAUGAAGGGAGCGAGAGGAAGACAAGGAGAGGAUGGAGAGAACGGGCUGAGUGGAUAUCCAGGUGAACCCGGUCUGCCAGGACAGCUUGGAUCCACAGGACUUCCUGGGAGUCCGGGGUUUCCAGGGUUACCAGGAGAGAAGGUCAGUGUCAACAGGCUGGUCUGGGAGCAGAUCUGGACUCCCAGCGGGCCGGUUGUUGUGGUCGUCUCUUGA